AUGUCCGCCGUCAAGCACACCGCCGACACCCUCUUCCAGCUGGCCAAGGUCCGCCGCAGCCACUACCCCUUGACCAAGCAGCUCACCAUCUCCGCGAGCCGCAUCCAGGAGCUGGUCAACGAGGCCACCCUGCACACGCCCUCGUCCUUCAACUCCCAGUCCACCCGCGCCGUUGUCCUCCUCGGCGCCGAGCACGAUAAGCUGUGGGACAUCACCACCACCAUCCUCAAGGACAUCGUCCCCGAGGCCAACUGGAAGCCCACCGGCGACAAGAUGGCCAUGUUCAAGGGCGCCGCCGGCACCAUCCUCUUCUUCGACGACGAGGAGGUCGUCCGCGGCAUGCAGGCCAAGUUCUCCGCCUACGCCGAUCGCUUCCCUACCUGGGCCUCCCAGAGCAACGCCAUGCAGCAGUACCUGCUCUGGACCGCCCUUGAGCUCGAGGGCCUCGGCGCAAACCUCCAGCACUACAACCCCCUCAUCGACCAAAAGGUCGCCUCCACCUGGGGCCUCCCCGAGACCUGGAAGCUCAGCGCCCAGCUCGUCUUUGGCGGCAAGACCGGCGAGGCCGGCGAGAAGCAGUUCCAGCCUGUUGAGGAGCGCGUCAAGGUCUUCGGUGCUUAG